AUGAAGCCAGUGGCACUCUCCUGGUGUGUCCUGGGCACUCAGGGUACGAAGGCAAACCAGCCUUUCGGGAGAGCCAGACCCAUCCUCACACAAGCUCCUUUGAUGGUGUCCAGCAGAGGCCCAGCCAAGGGCCUAGGAUACAGAGAGCAUGGAGGUGACCCACGAGUGGCCAAGUUCACUCCACCCUGGGGUGAGUCGGCAAACAGGGGGACCAUAAAUAGGGUUCCCUCGGCCAGCCUCCUCACUUACCUCCUCCUCCUUCACCACCUGCAGGCCCAGCAGCUGCCCAGCUUCUUAAGCCCUGAAAUCAUGCCCCGAGGUCUCCUGUGGCUGGGCUUCUCCCUGCUGGGAGCCCUGCAGAUCCAGGCCCAGGACGCCACCCCAAACCUCAUCCCAGCCCCUUCUCUGCUCAGGGUCCCGCUGCAGCCCAACUUCCAAGAUGAUCAGUUCCAGGGGAAGUGGUACGUGGUGGGCCUGGCGGGGAACGCAUUUUCGAAAGAAGAACAAGGCAAGUUUAAGAUGUACUCCACCACCUACGAGCUGAAAGAAGACCACAGCUACAAUGUCACCUCCAUCCUGCUCAAGAACCAGAACUGUGACUACUUUAUCAGAACUUUUGUCCCAAGUUCCCAGCCUGGCGAAUUCAACCUGGGCAAUAUUAAGGGUUACCCGAAUCUAAAGAGCUACACUGUGCGAGUGGUGACCACCAACUAUAAUGAGUUUGCCGUGGUGUUCUUCAAGGCAGUUUCCCAAAACCAGGAGAACUUCAAGAUCACCCUCUAUGGGAGGACCAAGGAGCUGACCCCUGAACUGAAGGAGGACUUCAUCCGCUUCACCAAAUCUCUGGGCCUCACUGAUGACCACAUCCUCUUUCCUGUCCCGAUCGACAAGUGCAUCGAUGGAUGACGAAUGAGCAUGCGGUGCCUCCUGUUUCUCUCCACCCCCACUGCCCUCAUACUGACCUCCGCCCAGGAUGCUACCCAGCUGCCCCUACCAACCCAUUCUCCAAUCAGAGAGCCAGAAGAUCCUUCUCACAGUUUGGCCCACCAGCUGCUCCCCAGGCCACCCUGCGGAUGGAGUCCCCCCUCAACUGCUAAAUAAACACAUGCCCCCAAACUCCCA